CCUCAAUUAAUAACUAGGUUCUUAGUUCUUAGUUAUUACCUCAGGAAUAGAACAUUUCACCGGAGAUCUUCCAAUUGUAUAUCUCUAAAUUCAUCACAUAUUUUCGUGUACCGCGUUACACAUACCGGUUUGACAAAAAUGCAAACGGUUUGCGUUUCUGGAGAUAAGCUAUGGCGUCCGCGUCCUGACCCUCUCUCAUUCCUAAGCGGCUCUAGUGUGUCGUUUCAAAGUAACCAUGUGUCGUUUAGCACACUCCGAACUCACAAGUCCCUAACAGUAUCCAUGGCUGCCAAGCGAAGCCCCAAGCGUCUCAAAUACACCGCUGGUUCUCGCUUCAACAAGGGUAAUGGUUUGCUGUACAUUGAAGCUGAUUCAUCUGGCUCAGAUUCUUGGAAAUUGGAACCGGUUAUCAAUCUCUUGAAAGAAGGUGCUGUUGGAGUUAUCCCUACUGAUACAAUAUAUGCAAUAGUAUGUGACCUUAGAAGCCACUCCGCCAUUGAGCGUCUUCGUAGAAUCAAGAAUAUACAAGGUUCAAAGCCUCUUAGCAUCUUAUGUCACUCAUUUCGAGACAUUGACAAAUACACAACUGGAUUUCCACUCGGUGAUGGUCAAGGUCAUGCAAAUUUAUUCAGAGCUGUUAAGCAAUGCUUACCUGGUCCUUACACUUUCAUCCUAAUUGCUAGCAAAGAAUUACCUAAGCAGUGCAUAAGGUUUGGGACUACUGCUGCCAGAUUUGCAUCAAGAAAAAAUGUUGGUGUCCGUAUGCCUGAUGAUGCCAUUUGUCAAACGAUACUAAACCAGAUGGAUGCACCAUUAAUAUGUACAAGCAUCAAGUUCCUGAAGGAAGAUGAGUGGAUGAUUGAUCCAGUUAUAAUAGCCGAUACAUAUGGACCAGAGGGUCUUGAUUUUGUUGUCGAUGGUGGUGUAAGAGUGGCCGAACCUUCCACAGUGGUUGACAUGAGAAAAAUGCCUCCGAAAGUCCUACGACAAGGAAAGGGCCCUAUUUUACAUUGGAUGGUAUUGGAAGAUGAGGGUACUGAUGUUGAAGAGGAUCUCAUCCCUGCUGCCAUUUGAAAGUUAAUCAUCCAUUUUGAUUGGAACUUUAGCAUCUGAAGACCUGUUCAUGACUCUUCUACUUUGUAUCAUUCCUCCCAAUGUAAGAGGGAAUGAAGAGGAAAACUUAUGGAAACAUUUAACAGAUUUCUAUUAUAUGCACAAGGUAGAUAUUUUAUGUAAAUAAAAACUUAUAAGUUGAGUCCCAUUUUAAUUUUUUUUUAGUGUACAAAAUUGUUAUCGCAAUUCCGACUCAGGUGUUGUGAAAGUCAAAGGUCUCUCUAUAAAUGCAACUUUUAAGGAUUGAACUUUCGACCUAGGAGUUUAAAUAGCCACUUUGAAUCACUACAACAAACACCCAUUGGAUAGCCCCAUUUUACUAGAAAUAAGGUCAUUUAGACAGUAGUUUGUGAGGAGCUAUGAAAAUGUAAUGUAAAUUUGUUAUUUUAUUUGUACAAGGUGUAAAGCAACUACUAUUCAGAUGUACUUAAUGAAGUUACUCAAAUAGAAAGUACUACGUUAUUAGUA